AUUAUGGUGGAAAUUGAGGGUAGAAAAGAGAAUGAGAAAAAGGAACCAACCUUUCUUUCCCAUCAUUUAACCUAAACAGAAAACCAGACCCGAUCAAUUGGUUGGCUCACAACUGCUCGCUGGUUCAUACUCCCGCCCACCGUUAAAAAGGCUUCGGUUGCAAUUAUCAGAUUUCAGAUCACCGGUGAACCCAUAACCAAUUGGCUCAACUCAAUCGACUCUCGUCUGCCCUAACCGGUUCGCCCAAUUUUCGGUUUCAUAUUUACUGUUAAUUUUAUUUUCUUUGAAAACAAAAGCAAAGCCAAAUAUGAUGAAUUUCUGUGUUAAUUUGCUCGUCUCUGUUACUCAAUUUGCUUAGAAUUAUGGUAUGUAUAUGUCUGCAGUGUAUUCAUAAUCAUAAUGCUUCUUUAGGGUUUUCUUUAAAGAUUUUACAUUGUUAAGAAAACCCUGAAUUUUGUAUCUGAGUGUUCAGCAGAAGUAAAGAAUUUAGGGUUUGUGGUGUACAAUGGAGUCACCAAGUUUAGGGCAUAAACGUGACUCAGGGUGGAAGUAUUGUGAAAUGCUUAAAGAGGGUGAGAAAGUGCAUAUAAAGUGUAUUUAUUGUGGUAAAAUCUUUAAAGGUGGUGGAAUUUUUAGGCUUAAAGAACAUCUUGCUGGUCGAAAAGGCGGUGGCCCUAUAUGUCAACGGGUUCCGCCUGAUGUUCGGGUAUUAAUGGAACAGGCUCUUGAUGGUUCUGCCUCUUCAGCUAAGCAGAAUAAGCAAAGGGUGUCUCAGGAAAGGCUUUCUUUAGGUAAUAAUGACUUUGAUAAUACUCCUGAGCAGCCACUCACCACCACUAAAGUUACCCGUCAUAAGAAGGAUUUGGCUUGGAAAUAUUGUCAAGCUUUGAAAAUUGGUGACAGGGUUCAGAUUAAGUGUAAUUAUUGUGAUAAAGUAUUUAAGGGUGGUGGCAUUUACCGAUUCAAGGAACAUCUUGCUGGUCGAAAGGGUGCUGCCCCGGUUUGUGAGCGAGUUCCGUCUGAUAUUCGGCUUUCCAUUCAAGAGUGUUUGCAUGAGGUUGUACCGAAACAAAAGAAGAAACAAAGGAUGGUCACUGAGGACGGUACUGAUGUUGAUUCCCCAACUGUUCAUGUUGAUACUGACGCGUUUGCUAAUCCUUUUCAUUACGAGGAUGAUGAAAAUGGAGUCCCUGUUCCAAUUGAUCCUUAUUCAAAUUUUCCACUUGACGAAGAUGAUUUGAUAAGUCAGGGAAAUACGGAUUCAAGGAAAAGGGGAAGAGGUAAAACUCCCUUGGCAGUUGUUGAUAAUAGUGGUCCUUUGAAUAUUUUACAUUUGAAAAAGGUAGACAAUGCUAUUCACUCGACAAUGGGAAAGUUCUUGUAUGACAUAGGAGCAAAUUUUGAUGCGUUGGACUCCACCUAUUUUCAGAGGCUCGUAGAUAUGCUUUCUUCUGGAGCAUCAGGGAUACUAGCACCCUCUAAUCACGACCUUCGCGGCUGGAUACUGAAGAAGUUAGUUGAGGAAAUUAAAAAUGACAUUGAACACUUUAGGACUACAUGGACUAGGACUGGCUGUUCUAUCAUGGUUGAAGAAUGGAACUCUGAACGCGGAACAGUCUUACUAAAUAUUUUUGUGAAUUGUUCUCAAGGAACUGUGUUUCUGAAAUCUGUGGAUGCAUCACACAUCAUAUAUUCUCCAGAUGAUCUAUAUAUGUUGCUUAAACAAGUGGUGGAAGAAGUUGGACCUGGUAAUGUUUUGCAGGUGAUUACACAUGGUGAGAAGCAUUAUAUUGCCGCCGGAAAAAGAUUAAUGGAUACUUUUCCUUCUCUGUAUUGGGCUCCUUGUGCAGCUCAUUGCAUUGAUUUGAUACUAGAGGAUAUGGGAAAACUCGAGUGGAUCAAUGCAGUAAUUGAACAGGCUAAAUCUGUCACAAGAUUUGUAUACAACCAUAGUACAGUGUUGAAUUUAAUGAGAAAGUUUACGGGUGGCAAAGAUAUUGUGCAACAGGGCCUAACUCGUUCUGCUACUAAUUUUACAAUGUUGCAAAGGAUGGCUGACUUUAAGCUCAGCUUGCAAACUAUGAUAACUUCUCAGGAGUGGAUAGACUGCCCAUAUGCAAAGCAACUUGGAGGAUCGGCAAUGCUAGAAAUUAUAGGUAAUCGAUCAUUUUGGUCUUCAUGCAUCUUGAUAAUCCGCCUUACAAGUCCCCUCCUACGAGUUUUGGGAAUAGCUAGUAGCAAAAAGAAAGCUGGAAUGGGAUACAUAUUUGCGGGAAUGUAUCGAGCAAAAGAAACAAUAAAGAGAGAAUUUGUUAAAAGAGAGGAUUACAUGGUGUACUGGAAUAUCAUAGAUAAUAGGUGGGAUCAGCAACGGCAACCUCCUCUCCAUGUUGCAGGUUUCUUUCUUAACCCAAAUUUCUUCUAUAGCAUUGAAGGAGAUGUGCAUAAUGAGAUUACGUCAAGAGUGUUCGACUGCAUAGAGAAAUUGGUCCCUGAUAUAGAAAUCCAAGAUAAGAUAGUCAAAGAAUUACACAUCUACAAGAGUGCCGCUGGAGAUCUUGGGAGGAAGAUGGCAAUUAGAUCAAGAGAAACUCUGCUUCCUGCUGAAUGGUGGUCUACGUAUGGCGGAGGCUGUCUGAAUUUGGCACGUUUGGCACUUCGUAUACUCAGUCAAACAUGCAGCUCGAUUGGGUGCAGGCGCAAUCACAUCCCUUUUGAAAAGGUACAUGCCACGAGAAAUUUGCUGGAGCGCAAACGACUCAAUGAUGUUGUUUUUGUGCAGUGCAACUUGCGUCUCAAACAAAUUGUUGAUGAAAGCAAAAGUCAGGUUUCUGUGGACCCUAUUUCAUUUGACGAUAUCAGUGCUGUGGAAGAUUGGAUCCUGCAAAAUGACGUUUGCAUGGAAGAUUAUGAGAGUUCAGAUUGGAUGGCUCUAGUUCCCCCUUCUGCUAACGCCGCCCAAGUAGCUAACAAUAUGCCAGCAGGAUCUGCAAUUGAUGAAAUUGAAGACUUGGGUGUUGGGUUUGCUGACUUCGAGAUUUUUGAAGGGCUGAAAGAAUUUAAGUAAGACCACGAGUUAUAGCGCAAAUAGCUGCGUUCAUUGAUGUCUCACUAUGCUUGGCUGACGGCCCAACUGCAGAAAGGUUUAUGUUUGAAGCCGUAAAACUCGGAUGAAGUAGUGUGUUGAAAGGUGAAGCUUGAAAGUAUGAAAAUCUUUUGUACUCUGUUUUACAUUAUUAGAAUUUGUUAGUGUUGCUGUAGUCUGAUUAGUUCUAAUCUGAGGUGUCCAAAAAUCUUAACUUGUUGCUAAGAUAAAAAUGAGUAGAAGUGGUAAUCUAGAUUUGAU